AUGGCAUUAGGACCAGUUAAUGUAAAAGAAACUGAAAGAAUUUUAAAGUUAGAAGAAAGAAAACAAAAGACAACCAAUAGAAUUACUAGUUCCACGUCAGUCUUCGACAGAGAAAAGUCGACUUUAAGCACUACAUUGAACAGAAAAGGACCUAGUUUUGAAGGAGUAGUUAAAGAGGAUCCUUCCUCCGUUUCUUCCGGUACUUCCUCGUGUUCAUCACUUGUGUUGAAUGGAAAUGUACUUAAACUUCCGACAUUAGCUAAAACUUGCGAUCAGUUUGGAGUCUCAGAUAGAGCUGCAGCAGCAAUUGCAUCGGCAGUUCUACAAGAGGAAAAUCUAACAAAUCUGAAAUCAAAACAAGAUUUAUCGGUGACCAAGACUGAUAUGGUAGAAAACAUAAAUCCCAUUAAUUUUAAUGUGGCUAUCAUCAAAGUUAAGAAUGUACGAAAUGGUGGUCUCGUUAUUAGUUGUGAAAACUCAGAGGAAAUGGACAAAUUUAAAGAAUUGGCUAACGAGAAGCUUGCUUCGAGUUACACAAUCAAAGAAGUACCUGCUCUCAAUCCACGGUUUAAAAUAGUUGGGAUGGUGGAAUGUCUAAGUGAAGAAGAUAUUUUGCAUUUAUUGAAGACUUAG